GCAAGACCUUGAUCCUCUUUUUGGGUUCCUUCUGAGUUACAGCUUUGUCUUUAGGCUGAAAAAGAUAUAUAUCAAUUUUCACAUAAUUCUCUAUUUUUUCUGUCAACAGCAAUUCUGCCGACACAUGCACAAUGCUAGCGUUUGGCCCUUGUCUCUUCACGCUGGGCGUGGCUUUGCUUUCGCUCGACGCAGUGCAAAUGUUUCCCAGCGUUGCAAAUAAAUCCAAGCAACAAAUCCUCCCCACGGAUGACCCAACACUGGAAAAUAUCACCACUGAAAUGUUCAUCAUCGCAAACUACAGCAAUAACAACAAGAGCAACAGCGAGAUGAGCAAUAGUAGCAUGAGCUAUGCUAACACCACCACAGCCGUCACAACUUGGACAGAGCAGAAAGAUACUGAAUCUGAUGCCACCACGCCAAAUCCCAUGACGACUACCAUCCAUUCACUUUCCACUGAAAUGAGAGACAACCUGAAAGACAAAAGGUUGGUCACCACAGCAAAGCCUGAUAGCAAGAAAACUGACAACACCGGCAUCAUCAUACUGAUUUUGAUCAUUGUCAUCGCCAUCGGAUUCGCUUUGGCUUGCUACAUUGUGAGGAGACGAGGAAGGCACUCCUCUGUGGACUUAUCCCCGGUGAUGGGGCCCGAUGAAGCUAACAUCCCCCUCAGCACCCUGGAACCUGAAUUACCUAUUGAUAGUGCGCCACAGAACGGUUUGCAAACCUUUCAAAGCGAUGGUAAAGGUGCUGAAGAAGAAGAUGACAAUGAUGAUGAGGUGUCGGAUGGGCAAAAAACUGAAGCGGAGGACCGUCAGCCGCAUGCCGAGUCUGCAUCUGCGGCUCCACCUGCAGACGACUCAGAGAACAAACCCAAAGACUCCGAGAAGGAUCCUCCGGCACCGGUGGAGCCGGCAGGAAGAGACGCCACCGACAAAACCUCAGAGGGAACGCCAGAGAAGACCAAUGAGAACAACAGCAACAAUGCUGACGCGUCUCCGAGGAAAGAUUGAACGAAAGACAACUACUGCAAAGAUCCAGGAAGUGCAUGACAUACUAAAAAUAUGUGAAAAAUAGUGUGAGUAAAAUACAGUACAAUAUUUGGGAAAGUCGUCAGUAUUUUACUGCCUGUAUAUUUUUGCCUGAUUAGUGAAACUGUGUAUGAUAAAUUUGAGACGUAGAUAUGCAGUUGUAUUUUUUGUCUUUUAAACCAUUUUUUUUUCGCAUUUUAUUUCAAAGAAAAAUUGACAACAUUUGCAAAUACUUUUCAAUGGACAGUGUCGAUGUGCAUGUUCAUAUCAAGAAAAUUCAAGUGAUAUUCUCUAUUCUGUUAACAUAACAGAAGUAUUGUCAAUAAGAGCCGCACGGUGGCCGAGUGGUUAGCAUGUUGGCCACACAGUUAGGAGAUCGGGAAGACCUGGGUUUGAAUCUCUGUGUGGAGUUUGCAUGUUCUCCCCGUGUGUGGGUGGGUUUUCUCAGAGUACUCCGGUUUCCUCCCACAUUCCAAAAACAUGCAUGUUAGGUUAAUUGGAGACUCUAAAUUGUCCAGCCUGCCUCCUAAUUGGGAUAAGCGGCAUAGAAAACAGAUGGAUGGAUAUUGUCAAUAAAACAAAAAACAAACAAAAAAAUCCUAUAUUGGUGGCUGCUUUUUUGUCCUUUAGGCAAGCUUCUUGAAUGGGAUGAAAUGAAAAACUUUUGCUUGUUUCCUUCAAAUGGC